UCGGUGUUCCUCGUGAUGUCGGCGUUCCUUGUUCCUUGUUAAAUUAAAUCGAGUUAGAACGGCAAACGACAUCAGCAUCAUGGCCGCCCUCUUAAAGGGCCGGAAACACUUUAUAAACUCCUCGUACAUAUUGUUAAAUAACUCUUUGCAUUUGAUUAUUGUUUGAGUGUAGAACUAUUGUACACAAGAAAAUGUCUCUAAUAUUACAACUUAAAUCCAUUUAAUCUAAAACCUUCAAAAUAAAAGCACAGGAUAAUUUUCUUCAAUUUCUUUAAGAAAAGGGGAUCACGUGUCCUUAACCCUUGUGUUGCCUUCGGGUCAAUUUGACCCGAUUCAAUGUUUCACCCUCCUGUCGCCUUCGGGUCAAUAUGACCCGAUUCAAUGUUUAACCCUCCUGUUACCUUUAUAUUUACUAACAUAUUUUACCCUUGAGGUCAAUAUGACCCCAGCUAUUAAAAUCUCCAGAAAAUUAUUAGAAUUAAUAUUGUUUUCCAAGUGUAAGUGUGAGGUACUUUAUGUUUGUUUGUUGACUCCCGAAAGAACACCGACAUUAAACAUUGAAUCGGGUCAAAUUGACCUGAAGGCGACAGGAGGGUUAAACAUUGAAUCGGGUCAAAAUGACCCGAAGGCAACACAAGGGUUAAAGCUGCAGGGGCCACAUAAAGCGAUGAGGGUCAGCGGUCCGUCCGUCGAUUGGGGUGUUGGCGGUGCCCUAGUCCACGUGGACCUGAGCAAGACACCUGAGUGGCUCCCUGUAGCUGUGUCUACGGUUCCGUAACCCUCCUGUGACCUUUGGGGUCAACUUGACCCCAUUCAAUGUUUAACGUCUCUAAAAAAAUGAUCGACAUAAUUUUUUAUGCUCAUAUUUCAUGACUUUUCCUAAUUUAUUGGAGACAAAAAAUUCAAACGAUAUGUUUUCCAUGUCCUGUACAAUUUGACCCCAGGCUGUUUUUCACUGUGUAAAACAAAUAAGAAAUAUCAACCUUUUUAUUUAUUACAUUCGCAUUGAAAAUGCGGAAGGUUAUGUUUUGAUCGCCGUGUAUUUAUUUAUUUAUUUGUUUGCGUGUUACUCCCAUAACUAAAAAAAGUAUUAAACCGGAUUGCAUGAAAUUUGGUGGGAUGAUUGGUUAUUAUCCGGGGACCAUUUGAUUAGAUUUUGGGAUCGAUCGGGUCAAAGGUCAAGGUCAUGAAAGGGCAAAAUCUUCCUUUUACCAUAGCGCGGUCAAUUUGUAUCUAAUUGGCAACUAAUGCCAACAUGUUCAUAACUCAAUGCCCAAUCUUGUGAUAUGCGAAGGUAUGCGCUCUACCGAGUGCCCGUUCGAGUUUAAAGUGUGUUUAGGUAUUCGACAAACAAACAUACCUCACACUUAAACUUGGGAAACAAUAUUAAUUCUAAUAAUUUUCUCUAGGUUUUAAUUGCUGGGGUCAAAUGGACCCCACGGGUAAAAGAUGUGAGUAAAUUUGAAGGUAACAGGAUUUAUAUAAAUAAAUGGAUAGUCCCCUCACCUGCAGCUCUUUGGCCGAUGAAGGGACGCUACGCCGCCGCUACCAAUGACGCUCCUCGGCCUCAGUUCGCCAAAUGUAUUGCAUGUUCAUGCACAUGCAUGUGCCAUUUAUAUAUAUGCAUAUAUAUAUAUAUAUACAUGUAUACAUUUCUGGCUCCACAGCCAAAUGUAACGUCUCUUUUCUUAGUGAAUCUCUGGAAAAAUGGUUUUUCACAAUCAAAGAUGGUGGCUCUGCAAAAUGCAAGGUCUUUUUUUUUUACGCACUCGAGCUUCUGAAGCUUCUGAAGCCGCUCCGCUGGAGACAAAGGGAGUCGUGUCCAGACACUCACCACACGUCCUCCUGCCGUCCACUGGUCCUCCCAAACCUUCAUCAGGCUCAUUGUGGCGCCCCUCUUGUUCGCACCCAUUCACCCACACACACACACACACACACACACACACACGUCUUUCUCUCCACACGCAGUAAUUGGGCGGCACGAGACCUCCGGGUUAGCUUAGCCACCUGCCCCCUGUGCUGGCGGCCAUUGUUCCUCCUUCCCUCUGCACAUCACAACCUGAAUAAGCGGCCCGUUACUCUCUCCACCGGUUCGCCGUCUCUUUGAUCUGAUUAUUUUGUGCCCGUUUAAGACGGCGAGAGGCUCCGGCUAACGGGUUAGCAUUUGUGGUUUUUUGAGCGAUUCGUCUCGGCGACUUUGGGACGGAUCGACGUGAAUUCUGACGGACAUUAAUUCAUUCAUAACCAACCUUCCUUCUCAUGCAGCGCCACGAGGGCGACUCCACACUUUUAGUCAUUAUUGCAGAAUCUAACUGGAUCACCUCAAGAAUGUAAUCCCUGAUUUACCCCCAAGUGUCUCCCAACCCUAGAUUUAUAGUUUCUUUAAAUGUUGCAGUGCGGAAAAGUUGGACUAAUCUUUUUGCAUUAUUCUUUUGUUUUUUACAUUCAAACAUUUGAAGACAGGCUGAUUAACGAAAGAUGAGAGAAGCUAACGACACGUUUAACAACAGAGAGAGACGGAGGCCCAGAGGAGGAUGACAUCAGAGGAAGAGACUCAUCAAUCCCCAAAGGCACAUUGUAUUCUGAGGAAUAUGAAUUUGGGCAAUUGACAUGAUCUCACACGCACACACACACACACACACACACACACACACACACACAGGUUCAUGUUUUUUGGGGCAAUUUGUGCCGAAAACACUCGUCCAGUCAGGGCGCCUCUGGGCGUUUUGACGUCAGGUUCCUGGAGGGAGCGCCACAUGCGUCCCCGUCUCGUGGGAAGUGUCUCGGAGCCGCGUAUGACCGGGCGUCAUGACGACGAAGCUAUAAUCGCCCGGGCGAUGUGUUGACUCGCCCGGCAGCGCCUGGCCGGGUGGACCGGGCUCCAGAGUGUGUGUGUGUGUGUGUGUAAAAAAAAAAAAACUGUUCAUGCAUUCUCGUCCACGGCACACAACAGGGCCACGGUGGAAACCAGACGGAACCGGUUCACACACACAAACUCGAUAACACACACAGACGGGUUCCCACCUGAUUUAUUCCUCAGCUGCUGUGCCGUGUGUUCUGUGUGCGUUCUGUGUGUGUUCUGCGUUGUGCGUUCUGUGUGUGUUCUGCGUUGUGUGUUCUGUGUGCGACGCUUCUGCGGAUCACCGCUCACUCGCAGCUCGGUGCCAGAACUCCGUUUGGCCUUCUCUGUGUUGUGUUGAGUUGUGUUGAGUUGAGUUGUGUUGUGUUGAGUUGAGUUGUGCUCCGUCACUCUGCCCUCUCCACUGGGCGUGUCGUGUGCUUUGUGUCGUUUGGCUGUCUGUAAUGUUGCUUUGGAUGUUGUGCACAGCACGUUACAUAUAUAUAUAUAUUUAUAUAUACACACACACGCAUUCAUAUCCAUGCCUCACUUUGUCUUGGACAAACACACAACAUGAAGGAUAAACAUACACUACCGUUUAAAAGUUCGGGGUCACUUAGAAAUGUCCUUAUUGUUCAAAGUAAAGCACUGUUUUUUUACUAAACAUAACAUUAAAUGAGUCAUAACUCUCUACAUAGUUAAUGUGUAGAUGACUAUUCUCAGGUGUUAAUGAAGUCUCUACAGAGGUGUGUAGAGGCCCAUCUCCAGUGUUCUAAUGGUACAUUGUGUUAUCGCCUGAGAAGACUAGCGGAGGGGUAGAAAACCCUUUAAACCCUUUUUAUGUGAGCGCAGCUGAAAACAGUUAUGCUGGUGAGAGAAGUGAUAAAACUGGCCUUCCUUUGAGCCACAAGAAGAAGAACAUUAAUAUUUACUAUACAAAUCAUUAUUUAUAACCUCGUUAACGUCUUGACUAUAUUUUAUAUUCAUUUUGAAAUUUACUUGAUAAAUAAAAGUGUGAAUAAAACAACAUUUUCUGGGUGACCCCAAACUUUUCGAACGCUAGUUUAUGUCCACACACAACUGAUGGUACCGUAUAUUUUAAAGCCCAUUUCACACACACACACACACACAUUAGUUUUUAAUCCAUACACAGUUCUGUAUGUGUGUAUAUUGGUGGCUAAAGACACACACACACACACUCAUUCAAACCCACACAAAUCACCGUCCCCCUCCCCCGCUGCGUCACUAACCAUUUGCCGUGGCACCGGCCGCUUGCUUUUUAAACAUUCCUCUUCUUUCUUUUUUUUAGCCGUUUCCUCUCCUCCUGUGUUCGUUGUAAUCAUGACCUCUCGCUGUUUUAAUUUCAGAUUUGCAUAUCCACUUCCACUUCUUCCUCAUUUGCAUACAGCAAGAAUGGCAGGCGGGCAUCCCACAGACAAAUUCAGUUUCAUGUAUCAACCAGACACGCACAAGAGCUGGAUUGUCGCCUUAAGAAUCGAGAGUUUGGGAUUCAUGUGUGAUGAUGAUAAGAACAGGUUAGCUUCAGCUAUGAAUCCAGUCUACAGCCCCGUUCAGCCCGGCACCCCCUAUGGAAACCCUAAGAACAUGGCCUUUGCCGCCUAUCCAGGAGGGUAUCCUGCCGCGGCUCCCACCUAUACACCCAACCUCUAUCAGACAGGCAGUCCUGGGUAUCCACCAGGAUACACUUCAGCGGGCACCCAGUACAAAGUGCCCCCCGCCCAGUCCAAUGGAGCGCCCCCCCCCUACACCCCCACGCCCACCCCAUACCCAACAGCCAUGUACCCCAUCCGCAGUGCCUACCCUCAGCAGAACCUCUACACACAGGGAGCGUACUACACGCAGCCGGUGUACGCGGCGCAGCCCCACGUGAUCCACCACACCACCGUGGUGCAGCCCAACAGCAUCCCGUCCGCGGCGCUCUACCCGGCGCCCGUGCCCGUCAACGCUCCCCGCAACGCCAUGGCCGCCAUGGGGAUGGUCACCGGGACAACCAUGGCCAUGAGCGCCGGGACCCUGUUGACGACGCCCCAGCACGCCCAGAUCGGAGGUCACACCAUCACCAUGCCCACCUACAGGCCCCAAGGCACACCUGGGUACAGCUACGUACCGCCUCACUGGUAGAGCCCCACCAUCAUAUCUGGAGUUCACCAUCGUAUGCAAACUGCUCAAAUCUUACACGGGCUCUCACUGGUAACCAUGGGAACCUGGAACCUGUCUGCAAGAACAAAACUAAAGUGCAACAGCCACUUUACUAUUAUUGUUAUUGUUAGUACGCGACAUUCUCUAACGUUUUUACACACACAAAAAAAGCUGCUUUUAUUUUUUCUCUCGUUCAUUUGCCAACCAGUCAUUACCUUUUUUUAUUUUAUACGGUUAUUUUUUUAUCAUCUGUUUUUUAUUCAUUUAUUUUUUCAAUGUGUGUCAUUGGAACUCCAGAAGGACUCUUGACCAAUCACAGGUGUCACCUGCUCCUGUUUCCGUGUGUGUGCGUGUGUGUGUGUGCGUGUGUGGUCCUUACCGCUGCUGCUGCUCAGCUGGCUGGAAUAUAUUGGGCACUUAUUCCUCAUCAUCUUCAUCAUCUUCAUCACUACCAAGAUUUAUUGACUUAUGCUGCCAAAGUUCUGAACGACUCGAUCUCAGCACAAGUUUUUUAACCGUUACGAUCGAUAUUAUUAGUUUUCUGGGUUAUUUAAGUUUCUUUCAUUCACUUUAUUACCUUUUUCUUUUCCCUCUUCGGUUUAAUCUUCCGUCGUCUUCCAGCCCGUCGUCGCGUGAGCGCUCGCUGGCCCGUUACCACGGCAACGCGAAAGACAACAUCGCGCGUCUCGCCGCAGGCUAGCACGUCGUGAAUCUAACUUUUUAGCGUAAGUCAAUGAGUUUAGAAAAAUGUACGAAUAUUUAUAAUAACCGCGGGUCGACAGAGCGGGUUGGUCACGCUCACACACACACACACACACACACACACACACACACACACACACACACAGGGGCUCCUGUGUUCACUUAGUGGCACUUACUACACGAUACCUUCCAGUUUAUGGUGUCACACACACAUACAUACACACACACACAUACAUACACAUACGCAUACACACACACAUACACACACAUACACACACACACAUACACACACAUACGCAUACAUACACAUACACACAUACACACACACGCAUACAUACACACAUACACACACACACACAUGCAAUACGUGACGUGGAUUUCUAGGUUUGUGCAUGGCAGACAGCAGAGAAGUCGUUUAAAGGGAUUGUGUUGGCGCCAAGAGAGGAGAUGAGGAGAGGAGAUGAGAUCAGAGGAGGAGGAGGAGGAGGAGGAGGAGGAGGAGGAGGAGGUCACGUGAUCACAGUGAGGUCUUUUUUAUCAUUUCACGGUCCAAGACGUUUGAGUUUGUGCGUCUCGCCUGCAGCAGACGCACAAACACUCGUCCUUCGUCCUGUAACCAAACACUCGACCAAUAGGAACACGGCUCUUACAGUUAAUAAUGUGUGCUGGUAGACUGGUAGAUGGAUGAGAGUCAUGUGGCAUGUGGCCACGCCCCCCCCCCCCCCCCACGUGUAGGGCCAAUCGGAGGAGGGCGUCGAUGUGCGUUUGCCUGGCUGGUCCACGUUUGUCGUUCUCUUGAUGUUUUUAACUUUGUGUGAGGAGCUGCUGUUCAUGGGUAGAGGAGAAAGGGGGCGGAGCCUCAGCUCGGUUGACUUUUAAGACCUUUUUCUUUUAAAAAGAAGAAUCCAUUUGAUCGUUUAUUUGUUUGUUUACACAUAUCUGCUUUUACUGACUGACUUUUAAACAUUAUUCUCCAUUUAAAAGAAGAAAAAAAAUUCAAAUAAAUAUCCAUCAUAUGAGUAUAAUAUAAUAUUUGAGACGUGGAUCCAUAAACAUUUUCUGUUUUUAUGUUCAACGGCCGUGUGACGACCUCAUCGCGUCGCUACCAACAUACCUGGUCGAGGCGGUGGGGUUUAAUAUUUAGGCGAUAACUUGGGUAAUAAAUCAUAUUUUAUUAUUUCAGGAUUUACACUAAAAAAAUAAGACUACUUCAUAAUCAGAUUUGUAUGACAAGCGUUUACUGCGCAGGUAUAUAAAGAUGAAGUGGAGUUUGAAUAUCGCAAUAAAACGAGAGGGAGCGCCUCCAACUGGCGACGUGCAGUAACUACAGCGUUUUUAAUUGAUUUUUUACAUUUUAAUUUGAAAUGCUUAUUAUUGUAAUCGUUAAAAAAAUAUGGAUUACAGGCUGUGCGCGGCCGCCGUUCAAUAACUAUUACCGCUAAGAAGUGACGUAGAACAGAUCGACAAUUUGGGUAUUUAAUAACUUUUUGUGAGGGAAUAUUGCGACACAAGACAACAACAAAAACAUGAAUAUAAUUUAACGCUAAGUAACAGGUACCUAGGCUAGGAAGAAGCAAUUUAUAUUGUCAUUAAAAAAACAAUAAGGUUGAAUGUUCGAGGUAUUCUUAGUCCAGAUGUUUGUAGGUUUAAUUCUCAAAAGAAUGUUACGCAACGCCGCCGUCGGAUGCAAAAAAAAGUCAAAAUAUUUGAUCAACGUGGUUAAAUGUUAAGUUUUUAAUUCAGUUAAAUUUAAAAAAAGAAUCCAUACGGUGUGUUUUCUCUCGGCGGCGGUAACGUUCCUUAUUACCGUUUAUUUAACCAACUUCUGUCAGUAUUUCUCAAUUAAGUCUUAUUUUUUAUUUCUUCACUCUGGUCGAUUGAGCGUAUCGGGUAUAAAAUAAUAUUCAGGUGUUUUUCACGAAAGCAUCGGAUCUCUACGUUAAAAAAAUAAAAAUAAACCUGCAGUAUAUUUAUACCGUAGUGUAUUUCUAGCUCGGCAGUGUGGCGGCUACUGUUUGCUUUUAAUAUAAAUAUAUUUGUAAUCUUCCGCAUCCUCCAAACACGUCGAGACUUAAAACUCGUGGAGAUUUUCGUCAUCGAAUCCCACGUGUUUAAAAAUAUCGUUAACGACGGAACGGGAACGGACGACUCGUUGUUGUUGUUGACGACUCAGCCUCCACGCCCCCUUUUUGUGCCGUGCCAUAUUUGGAGUAGAGAUGAAGUUUCUUCCUCCUGAGUCCUCGUCGUCGUGUUCCUGUCUUGCCUUUUCUCACUUUUUUAAAAUCUUACCGUGUGCCGUUUUGCGUCCCUCCAAAACCGUUCAAGCAAUUAAUUCGGGGAUGCCAAAUGCUCUCGGAUCAAACGUCGUGCUCCUUUUGAACCCUCUGCUCUCGAUGUGCCAUCGGUCUGACCUUCUGAGACCCCGACGCCAUAGCAGCAUGUCGAACUGGAGGAUGUCCAUUUUUGGGGGGGGGGGGGGGGGGAUGUCCACUGAGCAUUUUUCAACACUAGAUGGCGCCGCAGGACAAAGUCUGGAAGAGGCAACCUGGUUCAAAAACGUAAAAAAAUAAUAAUAAUAAUCAGAAUCUAAGUCAUUUGGAUAUUUUGGAGCACUGAGAUUUUUUUACUUUUCCAAAAUAAAAUAAAAAAGCCAUUUUAGACAAAGGUUCACGGCUUUGAGCCAAAACGUAAUAAAUUAAUAAUUCACAGGUGUCAUUUACAUCUAAUUUGGAUAUUUUGAGCACAGAGAUUUUUCUUUCUUUUCCAAAUUCUACAAAAAAACCAAAUACUGAUUUAUUUUAUUUCUAAUAAGAGGUUUUUUUUGGACCAAUGCUCUUAAAAAGUGAUUCCCGUGUCAAAGCGAUGAAGCAAAAGACUCCUCGACGUUCAGCGAAGUGGAAAUGGACCGCUGGACUCGGGCGUGUUGUUUGUGGGCGGGGCCUCUUUUUUUGUUUCCCACUGUUUAAACGUUGAAAGGUGGUAAAGUCCAUGACGCUCUUCCUCUCCUCCAUCUCCCUCCUUUCUUUUUUGUUUGUUGCCUUGCAGUCUCUUCGUUAUUCCCACCAGUCUGAAUUAAAACUCUCGGUCGGCUCUUAAAUGUCUUUUUGGUGUUCUGCUGCAGCUUUUUGAUUUUUUAAAAUCUGUCCGAUAUUUUUCUCUUAGUUUUUAAUUUGACGCGAUGUGAUGCAAAAAGUGGAAAUUCCUUGUCUUCCAAAAAAAAUAAAAAUCAUACGGAACGAGUAUUAGGAACCCCAUGUUUGGAAGUUUUAUUUCGGUACCCGGUUGCACACGCUGGUAUAUCUGUUCCUGUCAGGUUGUGUUUUAACUGAAGAGAAGUGACUGUGUGUUAGCUGUGUGGUCCAGAGUGAAGGGCCGGCGUCAGGCUUGUGAUAUGAAGUGUAAAUCUGUUUUUAAUUUUUUUUUUUCAUUUUUUGUUUUGUUAUAUUUUAAUUUUUUUUGUUGAGGUUUUUGUUUUCUUUUUUAAAGAUCAGUUAGUGAUCUAGUACUAUAACUAAGCCAAGUUUGUAAUUGUAUAUUUACUGUAAAAUGUAGAACAUUGAAUAACUAUUAAAAUUUUCCUAUAAAAGGAAA